GACAACAGUCUUGAAUACAACAAAACCACCACUUCCAGUCUAACAAGCAUACUUUGCUUUGCUUUAUAUUGGAUCAAAGCAUUCUUACCCUUCAAAGCUCUUGGCCAAUCUUGCCAACAAUCUACCUGUGCAAGUAGUUUGCAUGUUUGAUAAAUCAACUCGAGACGACUACAUUACGUGAGUAACAACAGAGCAAGCAGUCUAGCAUCCAGCAGAAUGGCUGACCUCUUCUUCAUUGUUCCCCUCACUCAGCGACGCCGUUUACAAAUCAGACUCGGCCUAAAGUAAUCUAUCAAAUCAUGAUGUUAACGUCUUCCUUACUUCGAUCUUCGGCCUUGUGUCGAUCGGCCAUUGCUGCUCCUCGUUUCUUGAGUACAACAGCAAAAAUUUCACUUGCUUCGCAUGCUACCGAUAUUCCUGUGACGCAAACGCCUGCACCUCCAUCGCAACCAGCAACGUUGUACCUCAAGUCAGGACACAAGUUUGCCGGAAAAUCUUUCGGUGCUCCUGUCUCUGCCAGAUUCGGUGAAACAGUUUUCACAACUGCCAUCACAUCUUACACCGAAUCUUUGACAGAUCCAUCCUAUCAAGGUCAAUUACUCACCUUUACUCAACCACUUAUGGGUAACUAUGGUGUGCCAAACAACUUCUGCGGUCGCUCUCCCAUGGAACAUCCCAUGGACGUGGACGUUGGUUCUUUCCUCGAAUCUCGUGCAGUUCAAGCUGCCGGUGUGAUCGUUAGCAAUUUGGCAGAGCGAUUCAGCCACUUUGAAGCUGUUGAAAGUCUAAGCACUUGGUGUGCUCGUCAUGACGUACCAGGUAUUUCAGGCAUUGACACCCGUGCCUUGACAACUUUGUUGCGAAACCAAGGUUCUACUCUCGGUGCAAUCAAGAUUGGUGAUGGACACGAAAUCCCACCAGCAGAGAGCGAAUACAUUGAUCCAAUGGCAGAAAAUUUGAUCCAAAAAGUGUCUACCUUGCACCCAUACACCAUCCAUCCCGUCGGAGGUGUGACUGCUGCUAAAGGACAUGUAGCUCUUUUGGACUUUGGAUGCAAAGCAAACAUCGUUCGUUGCUUGAUUCGUGAAGGGGUUUCAGUUACUGUUUUACCAUGGAAUUACGACUUCAACAGUGUCCGUGACAAAUUUGACGGUCUGUUCUUGAGCAAUGGACCAGGUAGCCCUUACUCAAUUCCAGAAGCGAUUGAAACUACUCGUGAAGCAAUGGCAACAUGGGACAAACCAAUCUUUGGUAUCUGUAUGGGAAAUCAAAUCAUUGGUAUUGCUGCGGGCUUAAAGGCUUACCGUAUGAAGUUCGGUAACCGUGGACACAAUCAACCGGUUAUCUCUCUGCUCAACAAUGGAUCUUCCGUCAAAGCAGGUCGUGUUUACAUCACCAGUCAAAACCAUGGUUAUGCUAUCGAACACGAUCAAGAUGCAAAGACGAUCGAAACAGGUAAAUGGCCCGAUGAAUGGUUGCCUUGGUUCGUGAAUGCAAAUGAUGGUACGAUUGAAGGAAUUAUUUCAUCUCCCGAAUCAGGAAAAAAUAUCAGAAGUGCACAAUUUCAUCCUGAAUCUCGUGGUGGACCAGAAGAUACGUUUGGAAUGUUUAAAGAUUUCGUUGAUGAUGUCGUUCGUAUCAAAAAUGCAAAAGGACUUUCGGCCUCUUCGCCUGGUUUGGAAGAAUCUCUCCUUGGCCCUUCGCCGGUCAACAUGGAACCUCCUGUUCCAUUGGUAGCUGGUACCGCUGCUUAAAUGCAUCUGUAAAUAGUCUCUAUAGUUUUCGUCAAGAUCGUUUAAUUCAAUCAAUCAUUCUCAUAUUCUAUGAACGGUAUCCUG